UCUCUUUUACACUUUCCCUUUCCGUUUCUCUUUAUAAAUUUUCUCGUGUGAAAGAGGGAAAAAAAAAAGCGAAACUUAAAGAUUGCCGAGAGGACACGUUGUCUCCGCGAGACUUGACUCUUCUUCUUCAUCUUCUGGUUCUAAAAUUUUGUAUACUUUUCCUUCUAAUGGCGGAGGUAAUCAGCAAAACGAGUUUGUUCUUCGGAGGAGGAGCUUGCGUGAAUCACCACCACCACCACGUAGAUGACUUGUCUGUCUCACCGGUGAGUUUCGGUUUCAAAAAGAGUUUCUCUUCUUCUCUCAAGCAGAAGCCUCUUAGAAGCGACUUCUCUGGAAAACAGAUCCUAGAGACCUUCAACAGGAGCUUCCGAUCAUCAUCCGUCACCGCUCAGUCGACGCUGAGGAUUGGGACAGCUCACAAGUGGUGGGAGAAAGGCUCUCAAGAGAACAUGAGAGAGAUCUCUUCGGCGCAAGACCUCGUCGACUCUCUCGCCGACGCUGGCGAUAAGCUCGUCGUGGUUGACUUCUUCUCCCCUGGCUGCGGGGGAUGCAAGGCUCUGCAUCCUAAGAUGUGCCAGCUGGCGGAGCAGAGCCCUGAUGUGCAGUUUCUUCAGGUGAAUUACGAGGAGCAUAAGUCCAUGUGUUACAGUCUCGGUGUCCAUGUGCUUCCCUUUUUUCGAUUUUAUCGAGGCGCUCAGGGUCGUGUCUGUAGCUUUAGCUGUACCAAUGCUACGAUAAAGAAAUUUAGAGACGCGUUGGCGAAGCAUAGUCCGGAUAGGUGCAGCCUUGGACCAACCAAGGGGCUUGAAGAGAAAGAGCUUGUGGCGCUUGCAGCUAAUAAAGAACUCAAGUUUAGUUACACGCCGAAGGUUGUACCUGUUGAGAAAGAAGCAGCUAUUCCCACUGCAAACCCGGCACUCCCUGUUCCUCAUCCAUCGAUGAGUGGCAGUGAGGAGAAGACGUUGGUCUCUGCAGGGAGGUGAUGAUAUGGUGCUGAGAGCGAAUAAACAUUUUUCUGUACAGUUUGGGUGAUAGUAGUUACUAGCAACUGAAUAUGUAUUGCAGUUGUCUGUUCUUGGAGCAGCCGGUUUAAUGGGGUUUAGUUUUUUUUUUAGGGGGGGGGGGGGGGGGGGGGGAUCCACCUGAGCAAAACCGGUUCGGGUUUUGCUGAGUUCUUAUGGAUAGUGGAAGGUUGUGCGUUUGGGCACAGUGGGAAGAAAGCUUUCUACUUCAAUCAGCUUUAGUAUAACUUUUGUUUCUUGGCUUGUUUUUUUUAUUGCUUUUGAGCCUUUAAGGUGUUUCUAUGUAAGUAAAAAUAUCCAUGUGAAAAUUAUGAUACAAUGUCAUUUAUGAUGGCAUUCUCUAUGGAUUGAAGGUCUUUUCUAAA